UGGUCAGCUGACUCCGCUCGGUGGUGGUUCUGUUGCAGACGGAGCGGGGCGGGAGGUGUGGUUCUGCCGAGCAGUGGGAGGCUGCAAGGACCUGCUGCUGCUGCCCGUCGAUGCCCUGCAUCAGGCCAGGACAAUGGAUGCUCUGGUUGGAUGUGUGGAGAAGGAGCUGGCCAUUGAGCGUAGACAGCUGGGGCCUGGUGAAGGGUGCUCGCUGGUGGCCUAUGUGCCCACCAAGUGGCUGGGCAGUCUGAAGGAGAGGAAAGUGCUACCAAGCUGCUGUCCCAGACCUGAGGGCCUCAGUGAUGCUGAGGUGACAAGCUUUCUGCAGCCAUCAGUCAGCAAGCUGCCUGCCGGCUGGACACGUGUCUCCCUCCAGGUCCUGAGAAAGGCACGCCUGGUCUACCGUGUGGGCCCGGAUCUCUGCUGUGUGACCAGCUGCUCAGGUGGAGUAGGGAGAGGAGCCAGCAGCCCGGAUCUGAGCUCUGUCUCUGGCUUCAUGCAGCAUGUGGCUGAACAGAAUUACCAGAAUCUCUGGCAGACAAGCCAGGGCCAGUCGCUGGGGCCUGCUGCUGCAGCUCCUCGGGAGAAGCCUGAGGCCUGCUACCUCCAGGCUCUGAAGGCAGCUCUCAGCCGGGUGUACGGCUGCAGCUUCAUCUGGAUCGGUGGAGACUCUGGGCGAGAGCCUGGACCUUCUCCAGCAGCCAUCAGUCGGGAGCCACAGCCUAAUCUGCUUCCCGUAGAGGCCCUGCUGGAGUCAGGCCAGUUCCUGUAUGUGAUCCAACCCUUCUGUCAGUAUUCACUCCGGGAUGUGGUUACCUACAGCCCUGCCAAGCUGGCUAAUAGUCAUGCCAAGGUGCUCUUUCUCCUGUACCAAGUUCUCCAAGCCAUGCAGGCUGCUCACUGCGAGGGGCUGGCCUGUGGCAGCUUGUCCCUGACUCACCUCAAGCUGGAUGAGAGACUCCAUGUCCAGCUGCAGCUCAACCUGUCUGACUAUGAGAGGCCAGAGGCCGGAGAGCUGACCGGGGAAGAGGCUGGUGACCAGGGCAGCGACCGGGAAGCCUUCAGUGAGCAGCUGAAUGAGUCCUCACUGUCAGCACUCCUUACUGACUGGGUUCAUGGGCGGAUUAGCAACUUCACCUACCUGAUGGUACUCAACAGACUGGCAGGCCGCAGAGCUGGUGACCCCAACUAUCACCCCGUCCUGCCCUGGGUGGUGGACUUCACAGUCCCUUAUGGAAAAUUCCGGGACCUUCGCAAAUCCAAAUUCCGGCUCAACAAGGGAGACAAGCAGCUGGAUUUCACCUACGAGAUGACCAAGGAAGCUUUCGUGGCGGGAGGCCAAGCUGCAGAUCAGCUGCAUGUCCCCCACCACAUUUCAGAUGUCCUCUCUGAUAUCACCUUCUACGUUUACAAAGCUCGCCGGACUCCGCGCUCUGUCCUCUGCAGUCAUGUCCGAUCCCAGUGGGAAGCCAAUGAAUAUCCUGCCAGCAUGGAACGGAUGCAAUCCUGGACCCCAGACGAAUGUAUCCCCGAAUUUUACACGAAUCCCACCAUCUUCCAAUCCAUCCAUCCUGACAUGCCGGACCUGGAUAUUCCAGCCUGGUGCAGCUCCUACCAGGAGUUCAUUGAUAUCCACCACCAGCUGCUUGAGUCAAAGGAGGUCUCUGCCAAUCUGCACCAUUGGAUCGAUCUGACCUUUGGCUACAAACUGAGCGGCAAGGAAGCGGUGAAAGCCAAGAACGUUUGUCUGCCCCUCGUGGACAGUCACACCCACCUGACUAACUAUGGGGUGGUGCAGCUCUUUGACCAGCCACACCCCCCUCGGCUGUUCAGGGGCAGCUGUGCCCCACCAGAGUCUGCACCGCCCAUCAGCCUGAAGGAGGCAGCAGGGAGCCAGCCAGUGGAUGUGGUGGAUGGUCUGGUGGUGGAGUCUGUGGGCUCAGAGGGGCAGGGGCCAGGUGAUUGUUUGAAGGAGGAGGAUCUGGAGGAGGGGACAGAGGCACUGGAUUCCCUGGCUGCCUCGGGUAAGCCUUCAGAGCACUUGCCUCCUUCCUCUGCCUGUAACCUGUCGAUGGCAGAUCCCCGAGCUCUCAGCAGCCGAGGGAAUCGUAACCGAGGCACAGCUUCUCGUGAGCUCCUCGAGGCCAAGAUCCACCUUCCUGAGGGUUUCAAUCCUCUGCAGCCUCUGGAGGAACUGGAGAAGCUCGACAACUUCCUGCUGCGCGGGUUGUACAGUGAGUUGCCGGAGAUUGUAUUCCAGGAUCAUGCUCCCCAGCCAUCCUUCUCCCAGUUUGUGCAGAGAGACAUGCAGGCAUUUGGGAUCCUCAUUGCGGAAAUCUUCUUUGCUCAGCGGCUGCGAGCUCAGGCACCAGACACCCCUCUGUGGGAUCGUUUUCUGGCUGUGCGGAAACUGUGUCCCCACCACAUGAGAGAGAUCGCUGCUCCGCUCCAACACGCUGUCUCGACGUUACUGCAGCUUCACGACAGCCCUGAAGAGUUACUGAAGACUCGAAGCCCUGCUGAUUGGAGCCGCUUGUUUAAGUAUCGGGCUGUCUGUGAGGGGUUACCACCCCCCAGCCCCAGCCAGCUGCUCAGUCCCUGCUGCCCCACCAUCCCCUUCCCUCGUUACUUCAGCGCUCUUCACCAGUUUGUCUGCACUUACUAUUCACACUGGUCUGAAGAUGGAGACCAGGGCCGCGAUUUUGUCUUCUCUCUCUGGCAACAGUUAGAUAAACUCCUGGAGCAGAUGCAGCCAGAGGGUCUGGAGAUUCUCCUGCCCUUUGUCCUCACCCUCAUGUCCAGUGAUUUGACAGCUGUCUACACUGCCUGGUAUUUCUUUGAGCCCAUUUCCCGUGCUUUGGGACCUCGCAAUACCAACCGUUAUCUGUUGAAGCCCCUGGUGGGUGUCUACGAGAAACCCGGCUAUGUCUGUAGCCGUUUCUACCUGUACACAGAUUGUUUUGUUGUUCAGCUGAUAGUGCGGCUCGGCUUGCAGUCUUUCCUGAACAGCCUGCUGCCCCAUAUCCUGCAGGUCCUGACUGGGCAGGAAGGGCCUGAGGAAGACCGGGUGCUCGAUGGAGCCGGGGAGGAUGAGGAAGGUGUGUCAGACAUGCCAGCCUCCUACUCCAGCUCUGAGCUGAAGGCUGCAGGACCAUGUGACUCAUCCAAUUUCAUCGACUUCUCCUCAGGCAUCAGCUUCAGUGACCAGGCUGAGCUGACUGAGAACGAGGACUUCCAGAAUGGAAUCUUCCUGAGCGACCAGGAACAGGAGUUGCUCAGCCUGGGGAAGCUGAGCAACAAGAGCAGUAACAGUGACUCCUCGGCUGAGGACAGAGGCACCGACUCAGACUCUAAGGACAGGCUGAGCCUCCGCUCGAUGGACAGCCAUCAGGAUCUCAAACUGGCCGAGGGUGUCCUCCUACAGCCCAGGGAUGACGAGGAAGAGGAGGAACAGGGGGUGGGGGACGAGGAGGAAGCAGCUCCUGAGGAAACAGUCUUCUGCUCUCUGCCUGAUCCCAGGGAAAGGGAAGCCAUCCCAAAGGAGGAUGAUGUGGAUGAGGAAGAGUUGCUGAGUGAAGGGAAGGAGCAGAAGAUCCUGUUUGGUUCCGAGCAGCAUCACUUUGUGUUGCCUGAUGAUGAUGUCGAUGAUGUGGGGAAUAUCUGUGAGUGUCGGAUGGUGCUGGGAGAUCUGACAGCGAGACCAGUCCUCGAAUGCCUGAUGUAUAUGGCCCAGCUGUAUGGGGAGCCCGUGCUUACAUACCAGUGUCUCACCUACGUUGUCUACCUGGUUGGCCCUGGUAACAGCUGGAGGUUAAACAGUCGGAAGGAGGCAGGGUUACUGUCUGGAGUGGUCCUGAUGCAGAAGAUCAUUGUUUACCUGUCGGACACCACCUUAAUGGAUGUGCUGCCCAAGAUUAACCAGGAAGUACUUCUCCCAGUGCUGGAUGCCCUGACAUCACCGUACACCAGUUUCCCGAGUGGGGCCCAGGCUCGCUCUGUGCUCUGUGUGAAGACCCUCAGUCUGAUCGUGCUGGUGUGCCUGAGGAUUGGACAGGAGAUGGUGAUCCAGCACAUGAGUGAGACUCUCUGUCGAUUCUUUGAAGGAUUCUCAGUCCCUCCUGAUGUAGAGCAGGUAGGUCCCUCACAACUUCAGAUACUCUCCCUGUCAGACAGUUUCAAGCUCUACGUCAGUGGAAUCCACAGCUUCAGAGAUAUCUCUUUGGUGUUUGCAGGUGACACGAUGAUUAAGAAAGUCCUUCGGAAUCACCAUCACGUCUGGAAGCUGAUGACCCAGUUCCAGGAAUCGGUGAGCGCACAGACCCAGGAAUCAGCAGUCCCGCUGCCUUCAGGUGUCCCGUCAGGGAAGUCUCCCUCCGGACAUGACCAGCCUCUGCCUGAUGAUGGAGUAACAGGAACAUUUGGGAGUGUGACGGUGGGGAAUCGGAUUGAGAUCCCAGUGGAAAGUAUUUUGGAGCCUCAUCUCUCGGCCCAGGUGAAGCAGUGCCCGACUCCCCUGGUAUUUGCUGGCUCCCAGGAGGGGGGUGCCCUGAAACAGGAGCUGCCCCGCAGUGCCCGGAUGCUGUGUGGGAACUGGCUGGCGUAUUGGCAGUACGAGAUUGGGCUGAGUCAGUAUGAUACCCAUUUCCACUUCCAUCAGAUUCGGCUGCAGACCUUCACUGGGCACACGGGCACCAUCAAAUCAAUCGCCAGUCUGAGUGGUGAAGACUUCUUCCUGAGUGCCAGCCGUGAUAAGACAGUGCGGCUGUGGCCCCUCUAUAACUACGGUGACGGUACACGAGAGAUGGAGCCGCGGUUUGUUUACUCCGAGCACAAGAAGUCUGUCUUCUAUGUCCACCAGGUGGAGGCCCUUCAGCAGGUGCUCAGCUGUGACGGUUCCAUCCACCUCUGGGACCAGUUCACGGGGAAGACCAUCAGGGUUUUUGAUGCAUUUGACUCUCGGAAUCCAAUCACAGCUGCUGCCUCGAUGCCAGCCCCUCACUGCAGCCUCAUCACUGCCACAGCUGACUCUGUCCUCCACUUCAUCGAUCCAAGAAAACCCGGAUUUCAGCUUCACCAGGUUGGCAUCCAAUUUUUAGACAUGCCAUACCCUCCUGCAGUCUCCAUUGAACAGCUGCUCACAACUUAUAAGAAUGAUUUGGACAUGUGA